AUGUUUGUUAUAAAUAAACCCGAUUCCAGUUUAAGGGGCUUGGUUAGUACCAGCGCCAUGGGAGCCUUGCAGACGAUCUAUCACUUCCAACCUCAGUUUUCUUCUACUUUAGCCCGAGGUUACCCAAUGGCUGAAGGGUCUACUGAAUUUGAAAGGCUUGUCAGUUAUGUGAAGUGGGUGCUAUCCAAAGAUAAAUCAACAUACAAAGAGCUCAAGGGAGGCUUCUUUGACUUAAUGAGUCACUAUGAAGACUUCGAAACUUCAGCUCCCCUUGCUUACGAUGACUACACUAAGAGAAUUGCUUAUACCAUUCUCAUCAAUGCUUUCACCAUGAUCAAUAGGUACCGUGAAGACAUUGGCUGGGGGUUGGACUUACAAUUCUCCCUUAUCAAUCAUUCGUGUAAUCCCAACUGUAGUCUAGUUUAUAACCAUGAGUUUCAGUUGAUCACCACCAGGGAAAUCGGACAAGGCAAGGAAUUGACAGUGUCUUACGUUCCAUUAAACAUGCCACAAUCUAUCAGAAAGAAGCAGGUGAAAGAGAGAUUCUUCUUUGACUGUCAAUGUGGCUAUUGUAGGGCAGUUCAUGAUUACUACUUCUCAUACAACUGUCCGUGGUGUCAUAUGGUGGUAGAGGACUUGACCUUUGAAGGACUAUUACAUGACGUGAAAGGUGAAUUAGCUACAUCUGUGACUUGUAAAGGGUGCAAAAGGGUCAUUCAAACAUCCACCGUGAAGAAGAUACAUCGUAAGAUGACUACCAGCUACCUUCUCGAACUCCACCCUCAGUUCAACUUCGGUGACGAAGACUCGAUUGUCACCCAGGUCAGUCACUUGCAGCCAAUUUCAGUCGAUGAAGGCUAUUGGAAGGACUGUCAAACACUUCUAAGGUCAGGAAUCGUUCCAAGUUAUUGUUAUCCUUUGAAUGUGAUUCUUCCUAAUAUUUAUACCACAGAACCUGAGCUUCAAGCCCAGAUUACUGCCAUUCUUACAUUUCAAGGCUGUGUAUUCAAUAGAAUUGAGCUUAACUAUCAGGUCAGGGAGUUCGUGGUACAGGUAGCCGAAAAUGGACCCUCACAUUUGGCAUCUUCGGUGGUACCCUUAGUAGAGAGAAUCAAAGGUUUCUUCAGUGACGAUGAGGAGAUAAGCUAUCAAUUGACUCAGAUCCAAAAGAAAUUUGCUGGAGUAACUUCUACAGAUCCUUGGAGCACUUUGAAGAGCAUCUUAUCGAAUAAUGGCGUGGCAUAUAAGUGCAAAGGACAGAGAUUAUGGGUUCAAAUGAUAAACAGAGUAUUUAUUGAAAUAUAA